AAUUGAAAACAGAUCACAUGGAUCCUGACGUCAGGUUUAAAUUACAGAUUAAAUUUUCAAAUAAACCCAAGUAUUUAUUGACUUCAUAAUUAAUCCUGUAAUGUAAAUAAUUUUAUUAAAGUUUUUAUUAAUUUAUACAAAUUAAUUAUUUAUUUAAAAACGUGUUUUUUAAUCAUAAUAACUAACCUUCAAAAUGGUGCGAUUUAAAAACAGAUAUUUUACUAUUGAAGUAAUACCUAAAGAAUCAGAUCCUAAGCCAUUGUUACUGAAGACAUCAACAUUACAAGCGGCAAUUCAAAAAGAAGUCAAAAAUAUUUAUGGAGAUCAAGGAGUAGCGAGUAUUAGAACUGGAUUUAAUGCUAAAUAUUGCAAUACACAUACGAAAAUAGCAUUAAUAAGAUGCCGGCAUGGGCCACAUAAUUAUUUAAUUAACACAAUACCCAAAAUAAUAGACAUCGGUGGUAAAACUGUGUCUAUUAAAAUAUUGUACGUCGGUGCGACGAUGAAAAAAUGUUUUUUAUUUAUCAGAAAGUACCAAACAAAAAAACUAGAAUCUAUGUGGGCAAGUUUGAAGAAUGAUAACGAGAAGAAAAAAAUGAUUGACGCCUUAAUGACGUUGACUCCAGCAAUGAAGAACUUUCAUUAAAACCAUCAAUAAAUAUUUUAAUUAUCAUAACUCAUAAACAAUAGUAAUUAUAAAUUUAUGAAUAUCUAAACACUAAUUAAAAUUAAUUACCAAUUUAUUUUUAUUGUUAAUUAUCACAGACAAAACUAAUAACCGUUGAUAAUAAAUUAAUAUAUUUUUAAAUCUCA